UGCACACCUAAACUAGUCUUGCCACUCCCAGUGUUUAGAUGAGCACUGAUCUGAUUUAGUAAUAUUGGGUUUGCCUGUCUGCCGUCAGGCAUUUGGAAUCUUCAUAAAUAAAAGGAUUUAGGCAAGUUCAAGUCACAGAGUGUGCCAGGUUCUUGUCAGUAUCAUCUCCCUUGGAGCUUGGUGGACAGAAAAUUCAACAAUGAUUGAGGUCUACGAUGACGUAAGAAAUUUUCGAUUCAAAUUUUCUCUAUAUGUUUUGCAUAGAUAUUGAAUUUUUUUGCAACUGCAUAGCUAUACACAAUAUUUUCCCCUAAUAUCUGCUAGAGUUUUAUGCACUAACAUUAUGUUAAUUAUCUUAGUCUUAUAAUUUGAUUUGCUUGCAUAAAAAAAACAUAACCUUCUGCCAGGUUUUUUUAGGACAAUUUCCAAAACAGCAUAAAAAAAAAAAAAAAACAUUUUAACAAUUAAAAUUCAUUGUUUCGAUGCUUUAAUAACUGAGUGUAAAAAAAGUGCACUCUAGACCAUUUUACCCAACUUGGCUACUUUGCCCUAAAAUGUUAGUCACUGUAAAAGUCCGCUCAAUUCUUGGUUUAAGUCAGUUUGAAAAUACUUCUGUAGAAACCCAUUUGAAAUCUCAUCUAAAUGCCCUAGGUAAUGGUUAAUCUUUUCAAAUAUUUUUUAUUGAACAUUUUUACAUAUUAUAUCAAUAUAUCUUUUCUAUUCAUAUUGUUGUUGGUGUGUCUGAGGGAAUAAUAGAGUUGUGAAUGCUAAUUUCCAGUAAUGUGUAUGUAAACUACAAUAAAUGUGUUUAGAAAUCCAUCUCUUGAAACAAGUCGCCUUGUUUUUGUUCUAAGUUACAUUUUAGUAGCAAAAUGUAUUUCUCAGAAAAAUCCCACCUGUGGCCACACACUUAAAAUUAUAGUGAUCCAUUUCACAUGUAAUUGUAAAGAACAUGUGAAGAAAUAAUAAAUAUAUCAAUGUAUUCAUAUGUAGACAUAUGGGGUUAGUCACUAAAUUAAAGGCAAAAAUUCAAAAAAAGUCAGUAUGCUUUUAUUUCCUUACUUUUAACUUAAAUUUGGAAUUCACUGUAAAUUUCUCACUUUAAUAAAUUACGCUGAUAGCUUACAUCUAUAAUGGAAUUAUACUUGUGUUGAAGGAUGGUUUAUCAAUACUGUAUGUAAAUUGCUAGUUAGAUUAGAUUUCCUAUCAUUCAUGGCAAUAUGUAGCAGAAUAUCCUUCUAUUUCUCUUUAUGAUGUUAAAAAUGAUGUAAGCUAAGAUGAUGGUAACAUGUAUGUGUUUUAAUUUAGUGGUCAUUAGAUAGAAACGUUUAAAGCAGCAUGUUGCACGUCUUGUCUCUCAUUCAUCAGCAACAAUAUUUUGCAGCAUAACCACCACUUAUAAAUGUCAUAAAAUCUAUGGAUCCAGGCAUGGGAGCGUUUUUGUGGUUGUAUACAAAAACGUAUAUUUCACAUUUAAUUGUUUUUUUUAAUUCAUAUUCAGACAAUUUUCAUAUCCAUGGUUAUGGGUAAAUAUGAUUUAUGAUUAUUAGAUAACACAUAGAGGCUUCUUUGUUAUUCACAAUUAGGGCAGGUCCAAGGAAUUUUGACGCUCUUGGCAAUGAUCCAUUUUGUUGCCUCCUCAUGAUCCUGAGGAGUUUUUGUAAUUAACUUCUGUUGUAACAAACUGAAUUAAUUGUAAAAACUAAGAUAGGUAAACCUGCUUGGCAUUUUUAGCUGUUUAUAUACACCUGCAAAACUUCUUAAAUUGGAAAUAUUUUCAAAAUAUUUCGAUUUAAAGCUCUGCUCUUUUGACCCAAAAUUUUGCUUAAGUGAGUAGACCUCUGCUAUUGUAUAUCUACAACUCUCGGGAUACUGAUGGAAUUUAGUUUUGGUGGCACAUGGUUUACAUUACAGUGAGCCUUACGUGCCAUAGAUGGGGGGUUGCGAAAUGUUAUUUUAGUAGUGUUUGUGCUGUAAAUUCCAUUUCUUAAAAUAUGAAAAAUCUUAAAUGUGGCUGAGAUUGCUGUCUGGAAGCUCUUUAUGCUUGUUGUGUAUUCUCUGUUGUUUCCUUGUUGCCUGGUUAUAUAAGUCAAAGCAUUACUUAAUCCAAUAUGCUUGUUGGUGCAAAUGGUCUUAUUCAGCAGUAGUGGAGCUAGAAGUUAUCCUGCCUCAGGCCUGCCAUAGUACAUACACACCCUUCUCCUAAUGAAAUUUUCCAUCACAUGUUCAUACCCACCCAUCAUGUUCUUUCCCUUUCCAAAUCAUCAUGCCCUAGUUGUCCUAUAGGAGGGACAGCUAUAAUAUUCUUGUCUUUGUGUCCACUUUUAAGUGAUUAAACAGAAAUUAGAAAGAAACUAGUUGUCAGUAUUGGCAGUUGGCACUGGUUCUGGAUUAAUGUUGUGAAGUUUAUAUUAUGGUAGUCACAGUGCACAAAAAUCACCAUCAGCCUAUUUGUGUUUUUAUUGUACCAAUAACAUAUCAUAAUAACAUAUAGUAAGCUAAUAAAAUAACAAGCAAAAUUAUAACAUGUAUACAUCAACUGGUGUUCUAGGUUAGCUAGAAUUACAAAUGUGCUUGCAGACAAACAGUUUUUCCCAAUUAUUCUACAAGCUCUGGAUAUUUAGGUGUUUAUUCCAGUGUCGGCAGGAUAAUUUUUAAAGGAACACUAUAAGGCUAAAACCACCAUCUAGCCCGUGUCUGCUCCCCCCUCCCCUUCUAAAUAUAGUAAAAUCUUACUUUUGUUUCUUAUGUGUUGCUUCAAAGUACAUUAGCAUUGUGCCUUCUGUAAUUCUUGCACAUAGAAACAUAGAAACAUAGAAUGUGACGGCAGAUAAGAAUCAUUCGGCCCAUCUAGUCUGCCCAAUUUUCUAAAUACUUUCAUUACUCCCUAGUCUUAUCUUAUAGUUAGGAUAGCCUUAUGCCUAUCCCACGCAUGCUUAAACUCCUUUACUGUGUUAACCUCUACCACUUCAGCUGGAAGGCUAUUCCAUGCAUCCACUACCCUCUCAGUAAAGUAAUACUUCCUGAUAUUAUUUUUAAACCUUUGUCCCUCUAAUUUAAGACUAUGUCCUCUUGUUGUGGUAGUUUUUCUUCUUUUAAAUAUAGUCUCCUUCUUUUAAAGUGGCCCCGUCACCUUCUGGGGUCUUUGCGUAACAAUGCCCUUUUCUCUCAGCUAGCCACGUUUGUCUGCGUGAAGUGACAAAACGUGAUGGCGAUAGCUCUGCCUUUUCUCAACUUGAGGAUUUACCAUAAGACAAAGUAUUCCCUAUUUUGUCUUUUGAUAUAUUUUGACUAUGUUGAAAAGAUCCAUUUUGUUGCUUCCUCAUGAUCCUGGGGAGUUUUUGUAAUUCAUUUCUGUUGUAAUAAACAUAAUAAUUUGCAAAAACUAAGAUAAGUAAAACUGCUUGGCAUUUUUAGCAGUUUAUAUACACCUGCAAAACUUCUUAAUUCUUCCACAUUUUGUUUAAAGUGGCCCUGUCACCUUCUGGGGUCUUUGCGUGACAAUUGUCUUUUGAUAUCUUUUGACUAUUAUGUAAUUUCAGUUGAAAUAACAUCACAGUCUUCAUGAGCAUUUUAAAUGCAAAAUUCACUUUAAAUUCUCACUUUGGUGAAUAAGCCUGUAAAUGUCAGUUUUCAAAUAUAGUCUGACCCAAAGUGCAUGCACAUGGCUGAAGGAAUUUGUUGUAUACUAAAGGUAUGGGUUAGAUUUUAUCAUAUUUUUUUACAUUUUUUUACAUAUUAAAUUUAAUCUGUUUCCUUUCAAGAUAUGAGGAAAGGAUUAUUAGUUAGUUUUGAGGUGACAGUUGUCCUUUAAUUAUCAUAUUUGCUAUGCUGGCAUCUCUUUUGGUCGACAUCUGUUUUUCUGUCAAGUUCCUUUGUUCUUACAUGUGUCUCUGAUUUUGUUUAAUCAAUUCCCCGAUGAGAAAGGGAAUAGUAUAUUGUUUCAUUUGCAAAUUAUGUUUUACUAUUUGUUAUAGAGAAUCACAAUCUUUCAUACAUUACUGAAAAGAUUGUACCCUAAUGAUUUAUUAACACGUAAAAGCAUGCUACCAUGAACCCAAGGAUUAGAAUUCUGUCUGUUCUAGAAUUGUACUGCGUUAAUAUACAACUCAGCAUAUUGAGUGAAAUACAUUUUUUCAUCAACAUCACAUCUCUGCUUGAUCCUGGGAAAAUCUAUUCAUUUGGGUUGCAGAUUAUUUUAUGCUGAGAAACCAAUGCAUGAAACUAACUAAUUUCAUUGUAUUUUAAUGUUUAAUUUCCUUUUUUUUUUUUUUCAGGAUGAGCUAAGAGAUAAAGUAAAGCAGUGUGCGGGAAAACUUUGUGUAAUUACUUUCAAUUCAGUAGGAUGUGGAGCAUGCAAGCAAACAACAAAAUUGCUUGAAGUAAGCAGAAAUACAUUCAGAUAAUUCCGAUAUCUUUGUUUUGGGAUAACAUAAGGUCAGCUGGGAUUUGAAUUUUACUGGAAAUUAUUAAAUAGCAUAUUUCCAUUUAUGCUUUGUACUUGUCUAUAUACCUGGGAAUCCUAUGCUGUUUUAACACAUUGAUCCAUACUGACACCUACACACAAUGAUCCAUACUGACCAGGGUGACCAGAUUUUGAAAAUAAAAAACCGGGACAUCCAUUAGUGAUACAAAAAUCGCAUAAAUAAAAUAAAAUAAAAAAACCCCAGAGAAAUAAAUACAAAUUAGAAGUAUUUAACCUAUUCCUGGCCAGACGCGGCUGUUACAGCUCAUUACCUUCCUGGUACUCAGAUUAGUGUUUUUUAAUUUACAUUUUGUAGGAGCAUGAUCAGAGCACACACAGACCCCAGAUUAGGGCCAUUUUAACAGCAUAUUAGGCCGCCAGGGAAAUACAAUACAUAUACACAGACUGCUAAGUACACACACAGACAGACUGCUGAAUACAUGCACACACAGACUGCUGAAUAUACACACAUAGGCUGCUGAAUAAACAAACACAGACAGACUUCUGAAUACACACAAAGACAGACUGCUGAAUACACACAAAGACAGACUGCUGAAUAUACACAGACUGCUGAAUAUACAUAGACUGCUAAAUAUGCAAACACAUGGACAGAUGAAUACAUACAGACUGCAAAUCAAACACACACACAUUAUUCUGCAUACACGCACACUGACUGCUGAACACACACACACACACACAGGCUGCUGAAUACAUACACACAGACUGCUGAAUACAUACAGAGAGACAGACUGCUGAAUACACACACACAGACAGACAGCUGAAUACACACACUCAGACUGCUGAAUACGCCCACAUUCACACAUAUUGCUGAAUUCACACACACACACACACACACACACACACACAGCUGCUGAAUGAACAUACACACUGGCUGCUGAAUACACACACACAGGCUGCUGAAUACAUACACACAAACUGCUGAAUACACACACAGACGGCUGAAUACACACACACAGACUGCUGAACACACACACACAGACUGCUGAACACACACACACACAGACUUCUGAACACACACACAGGGUGCUGAAUACAUACACAUGCAGACUGCUGAAUAAAUAUACACUGACUGCUGCAUAUACACAGACUGCUAAAUAUACAACACACAGACAGCUGAAAACAUACAGACUGCUAAACACACACACACAUGCACACACACACAAUGCUGAACACACACACACACACACACAGACUGCUGGAUACAUACUCACAGACUGCUGAAUACACACCCACACAUACUGCUAAAUACACACACACAGGCUGUUGAACACACACACACAGACUGCUGAAUAAACACAUACAGACUGCUGAAUACAUACACAGAGACUGCUGAAUACAUACACACAAACUGCUGAACACACACACACACACAGGCUGCUGAAUGCACAGGCACACACAUACUGCUAUAUACACGCACACACAGACUGCCGAAUACACAGACACACACAUACUGCUAUAUACACACACACAGAGACUGCUGAAUACACACAGACUGCUAAAUACACACACAGAGUGCUGAAUACACACAGUUAGGCUGCUGAAUACAUACACAAAGGCUGCUGAAUACACACACACACAGACUACUGAAUACUCACACUGCAACUGCUGAAUACAUAUACACAGACUGCUGAAUACACAGACAGACUUCUGAAUACACACAAUGACAGGAUGCUGAAUAUACACAGACUGCUGAAUACACAGACACACACAUACUGCUAGAUAUACACACACACAGACUGCUGAAUACACACACAAGCUGCUGAAAACAUACACACAGAGACUGCUGAAUACACAGACAGACUGCUGAAUACACACACAGACUGCUGGAUACAUACUCACAGACUGCUGAAUACACACCCACACAUACUGCUAAAUACACACACACAGGCUGUUGAACACACACACACAGACUGCUGAAUAAACACACACAGACUGCUGAAUACAUACACAGAGACUGCUGAAUACAUACACACAAACUGCUGAACACACACACACACACAGGCUGCUGAAUGCACAGGCACACACAUACUGCUAUAUACACGCACACACAGACUGCCGAAUACACAGACACACACAUACUGCUAUAUACACACACACACAGACUGCUGAAUACACACAGACUGCUAAAUACACACACAGAGUGCUGAAUACACACAGUUAGGCUGCUGAAUACAUACACAAAGGCUGCUGAAUACACACACACACAGACUACUGAAUACUCACACUGCAACUGCUGAAUACAUAUACACAGACUGCUGAAUACACAGACAGACUUCUGAAUACACACAAUGACAGGAUGCUGAAUAUACACAGACUGCUGAAUACACAGACACACACAUACUGCUAGAUAUACACACACACAGACUGCUGAAUACACACACAAGCUGCUGAAAACAUACACACAGAGACUACUGAAUACACAGACAGACUGCUGAAUACACACACGGGCUGCUGAAUACACACACACAGGCUGCUGAAAACACACACACUGACUGCUGAAUACACACACACAGGCUGCUGAAUACAUACACAAAGGCUGCUGAAUACACACACACAGACUGCUGAAUACACACACAGAGACUGCUGACUACAUAUACACAGACUGCAGAAUACACACAAAGACAGGAUGUUGAAUAUACACAGACUGCUAAAUAUACAACACACAGACAGCUGAAAACAUACAGACUGCUAAACACACACACACACACAAUGGUGAAUACACACACACGCACACACACACACACAGACUGCAGAAUACAUACUCACAGACUGCUGAAUACACACAUACAGACUGCUGAAUAAACACACACACAGAAUGCAGAAUACACACACAGGCUGCUGAAUACACACAGAGACUGCUGAAUACACACACACUGAUUGUUGAAUGCACAAACACUGACUGUUUAAUACACACAGACUGUUACACACAGACUGCUAAAAACAUACACACAGACUGCUGAAUACACACACACACAGACUGCUGAACACACACACACAUAUACAGACAUCUGAAUACAAACACACAGACUGCUGAAUGCAUACACACAGGAUGCUAAAUGCACACACACAGGCUGCUGAAUGCACACACAGACUGCUGAAUGCACACACAGACUGCUGAAUACACACACACAGGCUGCUGAAAACAUACACACAAGCUGCUGAAUACACACAUACAGGCUGCUGAACACAUACACACAGGCUGCCGAAUACACACACACAUAUUGUUGAAUACACACACACACUGUUGAAUACACACACACAGACUGCUGAAUAGACACACAGACUGCUGAAUACACACACAUAGACUGCUGAAUACACAGAGACAGACUGCUGAACACACACACACUACUGAAUACACACACAGACUGUUGAAUACACACACACACACACUUCGGUGAGGGGUUCAGUGUGGGUGUGUGGGAUGUGAGUGAGUGUGUGGAGAGCUCUGUGUGGGUGUGUGUGUGGUGGGAGUUCUGUGUGGGUGUGUGUGUGGCGGGGGUACUGUGUGUGUGUGUGUGUGUGUGUGUGUGUGGAGGGGGUGCUGCAUGUGUGUGUGUAGAGGGGGUGCUGUGUGUGUUUGUUUGUGUGUGUGUGUGUGUGUCUAGGGGGUGCAUGUUUUCUUCUUUUUAACAUAGAAUGUGAUGGCAGAUCAUCCUCUUUUAAAUAUAGUCUCCCACUUUACUGUGUUGAUUCCCUAUAUGUAUUUAAAUGUUUCUAUCAUAUCCCCCCUGUACCGUCUUUUUUCCAAGCUAUACAUUUUAAGUUCCUUUAACCUUUCCUUGUAAGUUUUUCACUGCAAUCCAUGAACCAGUUUAGUAGCCCUUUUCUAAACUCUCUCUAAAGUAUCAAUAUCCUUUUGAAGAUACAGUCUCCAGUACUGCGUACAAGACUCCAAGUGAGGUCUCACCAGUUUUCUACUGCUAAUACCUCUCCCUAUACAACCAAGCAUUCUGCUGGCAUUUCCUGCUGCUCUAUUACAUUGUCUGCCUUUUAUUUAAAAAAAAUAUUUUAAAAAAGAAAUGUAAAUUUUAACUAAUACAACUAAUUUAUAUGACCCCUUCCUUCUACCUACCCUUGGCCAGGGAGGGAGGGGGGACUUUUGAAUCCUCUGUGUGUGCAGCUCAGCCAUGAAGCCUGAGCAAUAGUGGGCGAUAGGGAACAGGUUUUCGACCCCUGAUCUAGAUGGACCAUCAAGUAGUGCAAACAGGGAAAUGACCAAUAAUAAUGACAUUUUAGAGAAAAUCUUAGGUUGUGAGGUUUCUUAUUAUUUAAGCUCUGUAGGUAAUAGAUUUUUCCUUUAUGCUCAUUUAUUAUUCUAAAAUACAAAUAACCUUUGUGGACGGACACACAUUUGGAAUAAACAGCAUUUGAAGCUUUAAGGACUCCAUCUUCAUCAAUAUAAGACGCAUUUGCAUUUAAUACUAUGCAUACACAAGACCGUGUAUAUGUGACCCUAUGACAAUAGCUCUGAUAUAACUUUACCCCCCUCAUGCACAUUUUAACUCCAACUUUAGUGUGGGUAUUUUGGGCCACGUUGGUGUGUCCCCUCAGCAUCCAUAGAGUCCACUAGGGCAUUGGGACAUGUCCAGGCUUUAGAAUAUGUAAGCUACCAUAUUUUAUGACCUUCCUUAGCUUUCAUCCCAGAACUAAUAUUGGCACUAAUCAUUUUUAUAUGUGGGCCUGCCUAUUUACUUUGAUACAUGAGGCAACGCAGUAAAUACAUUAUUAAUGUAGAACCUAUUUCAAUUAGAGUAUUGCAAAUAUGUUAAAAAUGUUUCUUAAAAAUGUUUCUUUGUGUAUUUUACAGGGAUUGAGUGAACAGAUGCCUGAUGUUACUUUUAUUAAAGUCGACGUCAAAAAAGCAGAUGUGAGUGGUAAAAAACCAUACGAACAAACGUAGUAAAUAAAUUGAUGACCAAAUGACCUAACAUGUACAGCAAUGCAGAAUGUGCUUUAGAUUUAUGCAUAAAGAAAUGUAAAAAUAUCACUGAAUAAUCUUUAAUUUACUUUUCAUACUCUUCUCUGUUUCAUUUGUAGGAGUUUGUUCAAAAGUAUAAAAUCAGUGGAGUCCCGGCAUUCAUGUUUUUGAUUGAUGGAGUGAUAGUAAGUAAAUUUGCACAAGCAGUAAAACAGUUACGGUAUAUGGUAUCAGACCCUAAAGGUCCAAAUAUGGUCAAUUGCAUGCUGUCAAAAUAAUCAAGAUUUUAAAGAUCCCCUUGCAAAAAUAGAAUGAGUUUCUUCUUUAACAACAUCAAGGUGAUAGUGCGCUUAUAAAUAUAAUUAAAGGAACAUUAUAGGGUCAGGAACACAAACAUGUAUUCCUGGCCCAGCAGUGUUUAAACCAGCAUUAAUGUGUUUUACCCUCACUUAACCUCCUUAGAAAGGGUUAAAACAUACUGGUGCUGGCUCCGCCCCCAAACCGCCUCUUUGGGUGAUAUAAUCAGAAUUGAUGUUCUCAGACAAUCUAAUGUUUUCUUGUAGGGAAAGCAUUGAAUUGCCUGAGAUUGUCAAUGAGAUAGGGUGGGGGCAGGGCAAAUGCAUUUCUCAUAGAUCAAUGCAUUUCUAUGAGGAAAUUUCAGCGUCUCAAUGCACACUGUGCAGCGCUGCCCAAUUAAGCACCUCCAGUGGCCAUCUGAGGAGUGGCCACUGAAGGUGUUCCUAGGCUUUAAUAUAAACACUGCCUUUUCUCUGAAAAGACAGUGUUUGCAUGAAAAUGUCCACAGGGACUGUCUAUACUCAAUAGAACAACUACAUUAAGCUGUCGUUAUUCUGGUGACUAUAGUGUCCCUUUAAGCAAAGCAUUCCCUUAUGGCACAAUGUUUUCAAGUUCAGUUAAUGAUGGCAGCAAACUUUGGUCAUUAACCAGCUAGCCAAUUGAAAGCAACUCUUCAAAAUUGUAUCUCUCAUAUGAAAGAGCAAACUGUUCGAUUUGAAAUGUAGGGUGUCAUGCUCCACUUGGUAACAGGUAAUUACAAUAGGAGUUGUAAUCACCUUUCUACUAUGUGCCUUUUAGAAUGCUCAGCACUUCUAUGUGAGGGUUUACAUGUUCAUGUAGCUAUAAGGCAAUCAUAACAGCAGCAUUAUUAUCAUACCCAUUGGUAACAAAAUCACGUGGGAGUGGUAGCACCUCAUUGUGCCUCAAAAUACUGAAACAAGCAUGAGAACCCUUGUUUGAGAACAGUAAUAUCUCCUCUUUCAAAUACAUGGUCGUGUCAGUAUAAGAUGGUUUUGUUAAAAUAAUUUUAUGUUUGUUGUGAAAAAUUAUUCUUAUUAUUUUACUUUGCUUAGUGGCUUCAGACAGAGGUAUGAUAAUAAUAAUAAUUAUUAUUUUUGAUAAUUACUUAUUAAUAUUACAGACUUUUGUAUAGUUUACAAUAUAUGCUGUAUUUUUGUAGUUAGUUAUUCUCUUCCUAUGCAUUGCAUUUUGUGUCAAAAUUGUAAAUUGGUACAAAAUAAUACUACUACAUUCUAUCUAACUUUCAGUUACUACCUAUUAUUGAGAACAUAUGAACAAUCUACAAUCAAUAAUGUCAGAUGUAUAGUAACUGACAGUGUCAUUUAAAAUAAAAAAAGGAUAUAACACUAUUGUGGAGAUUUAGCAAGGCAAUAUAAGUGCUAUUUCAGACUCAAAGUGCCAAAUGUUGAGAAACAUUAUAUUAGUUUACAUGGCGAUUCCUUCUUAAUUAGCACUUUGCCCCAGAAUUACUUACAUUGUUGCCUUUAUAAAUUCCCCCAUACUUUCAGUCUGGGCCAAGGGUCAAAUUGUUCCCGAAUGACCCUCUCUUUGAUUACAUUACUGGAAAUAAGCUCUGAGCAUUUUGAAUAAAUUAUCUUAUGUCCUCAACUGGUCCACUAAUAUACCUCAUGUCCUACAUCUCACUGGGUCCACAGACACAGUGACAGAAUGCUCCAUGCAUUACACAGUGGGGAGACAAACUGUACACUAGCCAGUCCUAAAUUUCCGCGUACCUGUGGCAAAAGAAAGUUUAAUGCCAUUGUGUUUGUGUUUAGUGUCUGUAUGUGUGGGAUGCAGAAUAUAUUUCAGCAAGUGGUUUUAAAUAUGUGUAGUAUUUUGUGUUGCCUGUGUGUGUGGGUAAAAGUGGGAGUACAUUUGGGAAGCAUGGCAAUUAGUGAUGUCCCGAACUGUUCGCGGUUCGCGAACGGUUCGCCACGGACUCAUCAUUGAGUAAACUUUGACCCUGUACCUCACAGUCAGCAGACACAUUCCAGCAAAUCAGCAGCAGACCCUCCCUCCCAGACCCUCCCACCUCCUGGACAGCAUCCAUUGUGAAGCUGCAUUCUUAGUGAGCUGUCCAGGAGGUGGGAGGGUCUGGGAAGGAGGGUUUGCUGCUGGUUGGCUGGAAUGUGUCUGCUGACUGUGAGGUACAGGGUCAAAGUUUACUCAAUGAUGAGUCCGCGGCGAACCGUUCGUGGGGAACCGUUCGCGAUCCGUUCAGCAAACAGUUCGGGACAUCACUAACGGCAAUCACUGUGUUCAUGCAGUUUAAAUAUAGUGUGUAAGGCUGUGUGCUAUAAUGUCAUGAGUUCUGUGUAGCUAUGUUUACUUGUAUUUUCCACUAUCCCCUCCUCCCCCAAUCUCUUUAUAUUUCUCUGCAUCAGUCUCCUUUAAGUGUUAAAACAUUUUCACCAUAUACCCACGCCCAAUUUUGAAUUUGCAUCACCCAUGUUUUUUUUUUUCAUUAGUGCAGACAUGAAACAGACCUUAGAUGCAAUUUAGAGUUGGUGUGAAGUCCUUAUAAACUUUUCAUUUACAUUUGAUUCAUGGUUUCUUUUCUUGAGCUGUGCAUUUUUAGCACAAAGUUGGUGGCAUUUCUAUCCGAAGUCUGUGGCAUUGUUUGAUCAGGACUUUUGAGUCAAAAUUGCAAGGACCUUGCAGCACAUGUAGCACUGUUGAUAUGCAUUGUAAAAUGUGGACCACAAUGAAUUGUAUAAAACAGGGCAGGGCGCCACAAACAAAAAUAGUAAUAAUGUAGUUACCACUUGAGUAUCCCUUUAAGGGAAGAAAAAGAGGGAAUCAUACCAUAGGAUAAGUAAUACAAAAUACAUAUUGUCCUUAUAGUGGGGGUACUUCAGGCUAGAAAUUCUGACAAGUAAAGCAGUCAAGAACAAGACUGCAUAUUGCAGGGCUGUGAGAUUAAACAGCUGGCUAAGAUUCAUAAGCCAUGGCAAAAUUGCUGGGCACAGUGGUACAUGAACUAAGCUCUCUGGCAAACAACACUUUAGGAUUUCAUACAGCUCUGAACUGUAGAUUUCUUUGGCCUUUGUGCUUUCUGCUACUAGAAAAAAAAUGUCUUUGGAGGCAUCAGUGCUUUUUGUGAACAAUCCACAUAAUUUGGUUGAGAGAAAGUGUAUAAGAAAGAACAAACAGCAGUCACACUUUUUGUAGAUAUUACACAGCAAAGAAAAACCUACUAACUUUAUAGAUGUCAGGCAAAAAACACAUGCUCAACAUUUGCUGUGAUCCACAUGGCCGGUGCUAGGAUUUUUGGCUACACAGACGAAGAUACAUUUUGCUACCUCCCACCAAAAUGCAUCUUCAUCUGUGUGUCUCUUAGCCCCACUCUUAUAUUUCGUACCCCCUUUUCUCUUUUUAAUAUCUUACCCACUUUAAUAUAUCUUACUUUCCUUUUGUGUCUUUCAUCCCAGUUUAGUGUGUAUUAUUCCCAUUUGUGUGUCUGUUACAACCACCCAUUGUGUUUCUCUUAGUUCCCCCAGUCCCUGUGUGUAUCUUACAUCCCUUAUCCCUCACCCCUUUGUGUCUCUUUCUACCCAAAACACCCUUGUGUGUCUCUUUCUUCCCCAGACCCUUUGUGGGUCUAUUUCUUCCUUUCCCCAGUCCCUUUGUGUGUCUUUUACUUCUUGCCAGCCUCUCUGUGAGCAUAUUCCCCAGUGCCUUUUGCAUAUUUAUUUCUCCCCAUGCCCAGUAUGUCUCUUUCUCCACCAGCUACUUUUGUGUGUCUCUUCCCGAGCACUUUUUAUGUUUCUCUUCCUCCAGUCACUUUUGUUUGUCUCCCCACCAGUCCAUUUUGUAUGUCUCUUGCCCUCAGUCCCUUUUGCGUGUCUAGUUUACACUUCCCCAGCCCCACGUGGAGCGGCGAAACUGCCGCAGGUGCAUCUGCACCGGGGCCAAUCAGGUGGCCCUAUAACUUCAGGGGCCCGGUCAGCGCUGCGGCCAUGUAAUUGCGCGACCGGGCCCCUUAAAAAAGAAAUUGCGGCUACACCGCAAGUGUCACUGGAAGGAAGUGAUGGCUGGUCACUUGCUCCCAGCUUACUCCGCGCGGGGGGAGAGGGAGAGCGGAGGAGAGGAAGAGCAGAAGACAGGAGAGGACACCAGAGGCAACCACUUCCAUCAUCCCCAGCCACCCUCCUGCAACUUAAAGGUAAGAGGAGGGUGGCUGAUAAAUGAAGUGUGUGUGUAUAUGUAUGUGUCUGCAAGUAUGUAUGUGUGUAUGUAUGUCAGUAUGCAUGUAUGUCUGUGUGUGUAUGUCAGUAUGUAUAUAUGUCUGUGUGUGUGUGUAUGUAUGUCAGUAUGUAUGUCUGUGUGUAUGUCAGUAUGUAUAUAUGUCUCUGUGUGUGUGUGUGUAUGUCAGUAUGUAUAUAUGUCUGUGUGUGUAUGUCUGUGUGUGUCAGUAUGUAUAUAUGUCUGUGUGUGUGUCAGUAUGUAUGUGUGUAUGUAUGUCUGUGUGUACGUCAGUAUGUAUAUGUGUCUGUGUGUGUAUGUCAGUAUGUAUGUCUGUGUGUGUGUGUCUAUCUGUAUGUGUGUGUGUAUGUCAGUAUUUAUAUAUAUAUCUGUAUGUAUGUCUGUUUGUCAGUAUGUAUGUGUCUGCAAGUAUGUAUGUAUGUCUGAGUGUGUGUAUGUCAGUAUGCAUGUAUGUCAAUAUGUAUGUCUGUGUGUUUGCCAGUAUAUAUAUAUAUAUAUAUAUAUAUAUAUAUAUAUAUAUAUCUGUGUGUGUGUCAGUAUGUAUGUGUGUAUGUAUGUAUGUAUGUAUGUCAGUAUUCAUGUAUGUCUGUGUGUGUGUGUAUGUCAGUAUGUAUGUAUGUAUCUGUGUAUAUAUCUAUCUGUGUGUGUAUAUCAGUAUGUAUGUGUAUGUAUGCCAUUAUGUAUGUAUGUCAGUAUGUAUUUAUGUGUAUGUAUGUCAGUUUGUGAGUAUGUAUGUAUGUAUGUGUGUGUGUCAGUAUGUGAGUAUGUAUGUACGUCAGUGUGUAUGUCUGUUUCAGUAUUUGUGUCUGUUAGUAUGUGUGUAUCUUUCUGUGUGUGUGUCUGUGUCCUUUUGUGUCUGUGUGUGUGUAUUCCUGUGGGCGGGAUUUGGCGGUGGGGCAUGGAAAUGGACACCUGGGGCCCCAGACCUUGAGCUGUGUUAGUGGCCACACAAUUUUUGAUGGUGGCCCUGAGUCCCUCUGUGUGUUUCCUAUUCCCCCAGCAUCUUUUGUGUGUCUCUUUCACCCCUUCACCAGCUCCUCUGUGUUUAUCUUCCCACCAGCACCAUGUCUCUCCUCCCCCCAGCCCCUGUGUGUGUCUCUUUUUCCCCUUUCCUGGUUCCUUUUGUUUUCUUUACUACUCUGCCCCUGGUAUGCCUGCUUAACUCAUUGUAGCAUCGCCUCGCAGACCAUGGUAGAGGAUCUUCUGUAUCCUCUACUGUGGUCCACAUGACCACGCUCCAAGAAGUCACUGGCAGAAUGGGGAGCUCUGUAAUCCUACCAGUCACCUGAUCAUUGCCCCCCCUCCAGACUGGUGUGCCCAAAGGUGGCUGCCUGUGCUGCCUUAAAGUUGCGCCGGCCCUGGUGAUCUAUGUGCAAUCUAUGAAUUUUGCUUCAAAAGCUGAAUUGGACUGAUUGUAAGCUAUUAAUAAUGUGAAAUGUUCAUAGGUUUAUAUAAUUAGCAGUUAUGCUUAUUUUUCCAGGAAUUGUUAUAUUUCCUUAUUAAUAAUUAAUGUUCAGAGCACUUAUAUAAAGAAAUCUGAAUAUCCUAGUAUGUUCACAAUAACAUACAUUUUUAAGCUAUAACUAAGCAUAAUUGUCUCCUUCCUUUCAUUUUUUUUUACAGGCUGAAUGUUUCCAAGGAGGCAACACGGAUUAUCUAAGAAAAACGAUUGAAAGGCUGUAUUCCCAGUGCUAAUAGUUUUCUGAUCGUAGAUGUUACUGCAACCCAACUUCACAUGAGCAUUGCCUUGGAAUUAUGCCAAGACUCUCCUGAAAAUUAAAUAAAGUAAUUAAAAUAAGAAUCUGUAAAAAUGUAACUUGUUUUUCAAGGAAAUAGUGGAUUGAAGAGGAGCCAUCACUUAUCAGGAAUUAUAAUAUUAUGCUUACUUAUCCCAUAUAUUUAACAUUAUAAAAAAUGUGAAGUCUGAAAAAUACAGGUAAAUGGGACUGCAUACGUCUUAGCUCUCUGUUAAUCAAUGUUUUAAGAUGGGCCCUUUGCACUUGUCCGUCAACACAGAGAAAGGAAGAAAAACUGAAACAACCAAGGUUAUCAAUAAAGUGAGAAUUUUAUUGUCUGGAAA